AUGGGGCCCCCGGACAAUAGGGAAUCAUGUGGCCCCUGUGUCCUUGCCCAAACUCAAAAAAGCCUAUUAAAAAGGUACCAGGGGCAUCUCAUGGGGCUCCUUACUGACCCCGGGCCCUCGGGCAGAUCAUUGGAGACCCUCUCCCCCAGGUCCUCUUGGGGAAUAGCCUCACUCCAGGGCAGGGGCGGACUUACAACUCAUGGGGCCCCCGGGCAAUAGGGGAUCAUGGGGCCCCUGUGCCCUUGCCCAAACUCAAAAAAGCCUAUGAAAAAGGUACCAGGGGCAUCUCAUGGGGCCCCCUACUGACCCCGGGCCCUCGGGCAGUGCCCGAGUUUCCAAAUGGUCAGUCUGCCCCUGCUCC